CACCGUUUUAUACCCCGCUCCUGCUAGUUCUAUUACCUAUAGCGCUGCGAAAUAAGGGUUACAUUUGGGACGGGCUAGGAGGACUAGGAGGUUGGGCCACCUGCCAGAUCCAUCUCGGAACUAAAGCCGCUUGCCCGGUCCCUGGCAUAUCCAUACUCUACUCCCUCUGUCUCUUGUAUCGUCUUGACAUUGUUUCUCUUGUCCAUUUACUUCCAGGAUUAGAAGAAAUUGAUUGCUUUUUAUCAUCCAGUUAGCUACUCGCAAACCGCUUAUCAUCAUUAUGGCAGAAUUCCUCAUCAAAGACGAGGACCUUACUAGCCUCAAGGACAAGGUUGUCGUUCUCACAGGCGGUUCCUCAGGCAUUGGCCUCGCAACAGUCACCCUCCUCCUCUCUUUGGGCGCCUCCGUAGUCAGCGGCGACAUCAACCCCCCCGCCGAGUCCCCCGCCUCCCCAGCCUUCACCUUCGUCAAGACCAACGUCGCCAGCUGGUCCGACCUCCGCACCCUCUUCAAGACCGCCCAUGAGCACCACAGCCGCAUCGACUAUGUCUUUGCGAAUGCUGGUAUCGGUCCCCGCGCCGACUAUCUCAGCCUUGCUUCCAACGAGGCUGGGGAACUCCAGGAGCCAAGCCAUGAGUUGAUUGAUGUUAGUCUCAAGGGUGUUGUCAACACCGCUGUCCUGGGUGUGCACUACAUGAAGACGCAAUCUGGGGGUGGCAACAUCGUGUUGAUGGGAUCGAGCACUGGACUCCAGCCACUGCGGGCACCAGAUUACUCGACCGCCAAGCACGGUGUCCUCGGCUUCGGCCGCGGCUACGCUCGUCUCCUCGACGUGGCUUCGAUCCCCGUGCGUAUCAACACCCUGAUGCCAUCAUGGACCAACACCAGUGUCAUCCCCAGCAUGGAAAUUAUCAUGCCUGGUAUCUCACAGCCAAUGCAAGCACCCGUCAUCGUAGCACGCGCAGCAGUGUAUCUGAUGGCCACGACGGAGAGGCAAGGCGAGGUUGUGUACGUGGCUGAUGGGAAGUACACUGAGGUUGAGAAGACGAUCCUGUACCCAGCUUAUGAAAAGAUUAAGGGGGAGGGCAACAAGUCCGAUGAUCAGGUGUUGGAGAAUAUUUUGGCGUUUGCGGCCAAGGCUGCUGCUGCUGGACAGUGAUGCGGGUUUUAUAAUUCUAUAACUAUAGAUUUUCUGAAUUGAGAUAUUAUUCGGUUG